ACCCCCUUCAAAAUUCACCUCAAUUCUCGACGGAAAUGGAUGAACCGAGGGGAUCGCGCCGCUGCACGCGGUCGAGGGCAGCCCCAGACUGGACGGCGGAGGAAUCCCUAAUUCUGGUAAACGAGAUCUACGCCGUCGAAUCGGAGUGGGGAGCCACACUCCCUUCGUUCCAGAAAUGGCAGCAAAUCGUAGAGAAUUGCAAUGCCCUAGAGGUUAGCCGGAACUUGAAUCAGUGCAAACGUAAGUGGGACGAGCUGCUGAUCGAGUACAGACGGGUUAAACACGACGCGGCGGCGGAUGGGUCGCUUCCCGUUGAGCUGUUCGACGCAAUUGAUAUGUGUGUUGGUGCCAGGGGAAGAAAGUACGGUGGUGCUGAGGCGGCGGCGGUGGCGGCGGAGAAGGCGGUAGCGGAAGAAGAGGAGCAAGUGGUCAUGGCGACUGACCCGGAUUCCGACCCGGAAGCGCAGGGCCGAGCCACUGAGUUCUUUCUAGAAACUGGUACGAAGAAGCAACGACCCAGAAUGAAGCGUAAAAAACGGAGACUCGAAACCCUAAAUCCUUGGGGGUACUCCACGAGUGCAAAGUCGAUAAAACAAGAAGAAGAAGAAGAAAAUAGCAACAUUAAUGAAAAACGGGGGAACACAAAUAACGUCACUCAAAGCACACCCGAGCCUGAGCAGAGCAGUGUAGAAACGAGAGAGCAAAUAAUGGCAACAAUGCUGUGGGAUAACGCGAUGAAGAUUAAUGCGAUAUUGGAAGGAAAUGUAGCGGACGAUACGGACUAUAAAUUGGCGGAUAUGAAAAAUGCGGAGGCUGUGGAAACUGAUUUUACGAGACUACAAGGUGAUAAACUUAUCGAUUGCUUUGGAAAAAUAUCGGAGACUCUUAAACAGCUUUGUGAAAUUGUGCAGCAAAAUGCAACUGCUGCUUUGCCUUGAAGGGUCGUCGUAUAAUUUUUUCUUGCGUUUUGUACAUCAUUUUCUUCUAUUUGCAGAUUUUAGUGCAUUGUCUCUAAUUGCAUUAGAUCGAUUAUCGGCAACUUCUGAAAUUAGUCGUUUAGUUGCAUUACAUCGGAAUUAGGGGUGGGAAUUGGAUGAUCGGAUUUGAAUUAGCACUUUCUACAAAAUCCAAUUUUUUUUUUCCGGAA